AUGGGGGACAAGGAAGUUCAAGGGCCUUAUGGCUACCUAUCCAGUACAGCCACAAAGAAGCAGGAGAUCUCAGAGGUGAAAGCAGGUCCUAGAGGCCAGGCCUGGAGCGCUGGUUCAACAGAUGAGAACCUCUUGCCCCUGACAGCCAGGCAGCUGGCAGCCUUCCAAGAUGUCUUCAAACUGCUCAGCUCCAGCCCUGCAGGCACUGUGGACAUGCGCAGCAUAAGAGUUACCCUGAGCAACGUGGGCAUCCUGCUGAGCCCACAGGAGAUUUGUGAGGCUCUUCGCCAGGCAGAUUUGGACGGUGAUGGCACCGUGAGCUUCAAGGAUUUCCUGGGUGUCCUCACUGACAACUACCGCUUCGCACAGUGCCUAGGCUGGGUGAAGAACAGCCACAUCUAUGACCCCCAGGGCCUGCAGACCCUGUUUUUUGAGAUAUUGCUCAAGCUGCUGAGCCAGGGCUCUGUGCCCUCCCAGUCGGUCCAGGAGUUGAUGAGCUACUAUUCCAAGAAGCAGCGGGCUCUGAGGCAGAACCCAGGCUGGAAGGAGCAGUCCCGCGGCCACAGCCGAGCCCCGCAUUCCCACAGGGGCCUCGCCUUCUUCUGCCAGGCUGCGCGCAUCAGCGGCCUCUCCAACGCCCAGCUCGCCCGCUCGCUGCACAGACUGCACAAAGCGGCUUCGCGAAGCCCCUACUCGCGGAUACCGAACCUGGACCUGCAGACGCGACCAGAACGCUGGACAAAGAGCCAAGCGCCCGGCCCGGAGGUCCGACUACCCAAGCUCUACCAGCCCAGCCGCCCUAAGUGCCGAGCCAACCAGGGGCCGCUCAGCCUAAAGUUCGCAGACGAGGUCCUGGAGCGUAUGCGCCCCUUGAAGUUGCCUCCCUCUCCACCAACUCUAGUGCAGAAUCAGCCCUCCUCACCUCUGCCGGCCUGUGUGCAGAAACCUGCCGUGAAGAGCUUGUUCAAAUAA